AAAUCAUAUGGUACUUUAGGAAAACUAAAGUCUAACAAUGUAUGUGGCCAGGCUCCUCUCACAUUAUACGAAAAAUCCUGAAUCUCUUUCGUUACUACCAGAAGGUCCAAACUCUGGUUACUUGGUGAUCCAAGAUGAAGAAGCUGAGACAUCUAGUUGGUUUGGAUCAUCCAAGAACCACUACCUUAAAAGCUUGCCUUUUCCUUAUAACAAUAUUCUGACCAUUCGAACUUAUGUUCAAAACAUACAAGAUUUAUCAACCGUAGAUAAAGUUGUCCUUAUUCCUGUUAUAAAUCAACCAUUGUCUUGUAACAGGUACUAUGCAAUUGAUGCAGGCAAUCAUAGGGAAAAUUAUAAAGGGAAAGGAUUCACCUGUUUGAAGGAUGAACAAGUAACGUGCCCCCACUGCAAAACCAGAACACCAAGCAAAACAAUUUAUGAUUUGACAAGAAGACCAGUUGACCCGCUAGGCAUCUAUCAACAGUUUCAUAUAUAUCUUGGGGGAACCACAGAGGGUGGCAACGGUUCCUUUUAUGCCAAUUCAGUUGCACAUGAUGCGUUCCCUCCAGAUUUCUUGAAGAUGAAACGUUGGUGCAUCAGGACGAGAAAGGCUAAAAACAGUAAGUUAGCUGAAGCUUUAGGUCUUGACUCAGACCUCCGUGCACGCAUUGCAGACACAAGCAUUCAAAUUUCUUGUAAGAGUUCUGAGGCUGUCAAAGUGGGGAUGUGGUACUGCCCUUUCAUUUUCAUUAAGGACCGAACAUUGGCUUAUCAGAUGAAAAAAUCAAUGUAUUAUGAGAUGACACUUGAGCAACGAUGGGAGCAGAUAUUUGAAUGCAAAAAUAAUUCUAUUAACUGCAAUGCUGUAAUGAUCACUGCACCUGUGCAGAAAGAAGUCGUAUUAGUGGGAGGCAGUGUAGCUGUUUGGGAUGCGAAGAAUGUGGUCGACAAGACUAUAUGGUUUAAGGCCAUUGAGACAAAAGGAGAAGAAGUAAGCGUUGGAUUGAGUUUAGAGAUAUUUGAAAGGAUGAAUUGGGAGCAAGAGAGAGCUGGAUAUGUUGGUGAAGGAAGACGACUAGUGACGUUUAAUAGAGUGGAGAAGUUUGGAGGAGGUUCUGAAGGAUGGAGGAAGUUUGGGUGCUAUGUAUUGGUGGAGAGAUUCGUGUUGAGAAGAAUGGACGGAAGCUUGGUCAUGACCUAUGAUUUUAAGCACACUCAUCAGGUUAGGUGCAUUUGGGAAUGAGCUACAAAGAAUCAAGUAUUGCGUGUGCUUCUUAGAAGGCCUUUCUUUGUGUUUUAUAGAUAUUUCUCAUGAGUUUCCGUUGCAAUUACACUGCUCGUUUUCUAUUUAAGGACUGCAGUUUCUUUCCUCUUGUUCCUCAAUAAGAGACCUUCACAGUUUCAUCUGUAUAUUUAUGUCAUGCCAAUUUGUUUACAAAAUAUAUGUUAUGUAAAUUAUGCAGUUUCAUCUGGAUAUCUAUGUGUGAGAAAAC